AUGAACUGUCUUCUUGAAAGAAAUUGUGUAAAAGCGUUUGGAAAGGCCAUCCAUGCCCUGUCCCGGAUUGGAGAUGACCUGUGGUUGGACCCCAUGGUCAAAGGGCUGGCACUGAGAGCAGUGAGUUCUGCUCGAUCUGCAUACGCCUGCUUCCUCUUCUCGCCGCUGUUCUUCCAGCAUUACAGCCUGGGAUCAGUGUCUGAGCAGAGCGGUGAAACAAUCAAAUGCAAAAUUGUCAUGAAGUCUAUUCUACCUCUUUUCCGGUGUUUGACUUCCAUUGAGCGUAAUGUGGAACGAUGUCAGAUAUCAGUCGGCACAUCCGAUGACCAAGUGAUGAUCCAGUUUUUCUGCAGGCAUGGCAUCACUAAAACCCAUAACCUGCGUUUCGAGGAAAGUGAGGCUCUGCAGGCAGUGUUUGCCUCACACCUCUGUCCCAAUGUGCUGAAGGCUCCUGCCAGGCUUCUUGCUGACAUGGUGAUGCAUUUCCCAGUGUCCCAGGAGGAAAUCACUCUGUCUAUGACUCCUCUGAGAGUCAGUCUGAGAAAUUACUAUGAGGAAGGAAAUGAUCACAUGAGGAUGAUGCACACUGAGAUGUCCUUACACCCAGACGAGUUUGACUACUUUCAGGUCGGAGUGGACUCGGACAUAACCUUCUGUCUCAAGGAGUUGAGGGGUUUACUGUCCUUUGCAGAGUCACAUUGCCUUCCAGUGUCGGUCCACUUCGGUGCUGCAGGAAAGCCUGUGUGUUUCUCUGUGGAGCACAUGGUCCUGGAGGCCACUGUGGUGCUGGCUACACUCACUGACUCUGAAAGCAGGGGCCCCUCUCAGCCUGCAGAAGCCCUGGCCCCUACUACACCCAGGUGUGCAGAUGCUGCUGUUCUACCUGUGGGUUCAUGUGAGGCAGACAGCAGAGAGCCUCAGGGUGUUCCUGCAGUGAUGGAGCUGAUAGCAUCCAGCCAGGGCAGCCCUAUCACCAACGCGCCUGCUUCAGUGCUGCUUCUGCCUGAGACUGAUGACUGUAAUGCACUCGGUGAAUCUUAUGAGGCCUGUGCCAGUGCCACCGUGACUCCUGCUUCCUCCAUGAUCUGCUCCCUCUUGUUCAGGGCCUUGUCCUCAGAGCAGGACAACGAUGGUUGUGCCACCACAAUACCUGUUCUGGCAUGUUGCAGUGAUGAAGAGGAGAGUCUGCAGGAAGAUAAUACAGGAAGUCCUUGCCUCUAA